CUUUUCCUCCUAUAUAUAAUUAGCAUUACCUCUUACUCUUUUUCAAACCAAACAUCUUUCAUUCUCUACAUUUAUCUAUCACUUAGCUCAAGUCCUAGAGCUCUUUUCUACACAAGGUCUUAAUAUUCUUAUAACUUGGUUGAAGAUGAUGAGCAUGGGAGGAUCCAAGAGGAGGAUUGCAAGCAGGGGACUUGGAGGAGUUCUUAAACAACAAAGGGCAAGGCUUUAUAUCAUCAAAAGAUGUGUAGUGAUGCUUCUCUGCUGGCAUGAGUGAUUUCAGUAGGUUCUCUCAAAUGGGUAGCUAGAUUUUUAUGUUUGAUCAAAAGGGCAGCUCUAGUUUCUUGUUCCAUCUUGUUAGAGUAUUGUGGUGUAUAUAGGAAGAUGAUGAUGGCAAGAAUAGUGUUGACAGUUUUGUACUGAGUGGCCUAAUGGCUGGCUUCAUAUAUAUCAGAGCUUUUAGUUUUACA